UCAAUUAUUCUUCAGAAUGGAGCAGGAGAAGUACUAUUCACUUGCACUUAUAAUGAAAGGGAGAGAUAUAUUAUUAGGAUAUAAGAAAAAAGGUGUUGGUCAUGACAAGUGGCAUUGUUUUGGAGGUCCGGUAGAAUCUGAUCAAAAUAUUGAAGAAGCAACUGGAAGGAGAAUAAAAGAACAAUGCGGAUUGGUUGUGAGAAAAUUUGAGAAGGCUGCGAUUCUUGAUUUCGAAAACAAGAAUGAUCCAGUCAAAACGAAAGUACACGUUUUUGUUGCCACUGAAUUUGAAGACACCUUAGAAGAAUCGAGAGAAUUAUUACCACAGUGGUUCGGACCAAGAGAAAUACCAUUUGAUUCCUUGUGGAUAAAUAUUAAAAACUGGCUUCCAAAAAUAUUGUAUGGGAAGCUAUUGAAAGGGUAUAUGUUGUUUCAAGGAAAUGAAGCAGUUCUCUACAGCAAAUUCAAUUUUGUAGAGAUUUUCAAUUUAUAAGUCAUGUAGUUUGUAAUUUUAUAAAUGGUGGCUCGUUGAUAAUAAUGCACAGUUCUGAACCUAUAUGAAAGGAGUUUUACCUGUAUCCCAUUGACUGAUUUCUCAUUUUAUGAUUCGUACAAAUAAAACAACAUUUUUCCUGUUAGGCGGCUCAAGAAAGCAACAUUUUGAAAUAUUAGGUGAGCUUUAAAACAUGAUCAUUGGAAAGAUACUAACAAGAGAAUUACAUUGGCAUGAAUUCUUUUCCUCACGGGUAAGAACCCAUUCAACAAACCCAUUCAAUUUUGAUAGAGACAAAGAGUCAAUUUAGAAAGUGACAUACUCUAUGGAUUUAUUCACUGUUUGUUGUGACAAUAGACUAUUUUAUAUUGUAAA